AUGUUCAUGCCCGUCAUCGCCGUGCCGGUCGCCUUGAUACCGCUUGUUGAUGUCUCUCUUAAGCCACUCGCGCUUGCCAUCGGCAUGACCGAGCCAUCGGACAUUGUCAUGCCAUCAGACAUUGUCAUGCCAUCAGACAUUGUCAUGCCAUCAGACAUUGUCAUGCCAUCAGACAUUGUCAUGCCACUUGCCAUUGACAUCGAGGCCACAACAGCCUGCAUAGCGGAGUUUAGUUUAGAAGCUUCGGAAGAAAGUGCAGCAGCGUUGGUCGGAGAAUUAUUCCAUGCCAUGGUUACAGUGGUGGCGUCGGCAGUCUUGUUGUUCCAUGCCAUUGUUACUGCAGGUGCGGACGGGGUGGCCACGGGUACCAUAGACAUUGUUGGCGCUGAGGUGACGGAGGAUAUCGCCACUGCGAGGGGUGUAAGGGCCAUGAGGGCGGUGGUGAAGGUUUUGGGGUGCAUUUAG